AUAGGACUUGAGGACCUAAGGGUGCCACUAAAAACUCGCUUUUUCCUGUGACAUGGAUUCGAACUAUUACUCUGCCGACAAACACAGUCAAUUUCGGGAUUAAGACCCCGAUUACAGUCAAGGGAAUUAGAAUGAUCCGAAUUACCCCAAAUGCUUUUUUACAUGGUUGAGAGUGGCCUCAGAGUUUUAUUCAGUAUAUCGCAACGGUUCAUUCAUCCAUCGAAAUAUUUUCAGGUUCCAUGAACAAGACUUUGAGCUAUCGAAUGGUAUAGUUUUUAUUCAUAUGACAAUGGAUAAAAAAAAAAGUUAUGAGUUGGGGAAAAACAUUACAGCUAUUUUUGCUGGAGUGAUCGGAAUUACCCGGACUAGUUUGAUUGACUGAUCCGAAUUAUCCCAAUUGGGGUAAUUCGGAUCAGCUCGCACCCCCUCUCAGCAUUUUUGCUAUUACUUUUUUCUAGUACAUGCUUUUUCAGAGAUUCUUUCGUCAGUUGAUAGAAGACACUUUGAUCUAGUUAUGAUAAAAAAAUCAACUUUCUACAAAGUAAGGUGAAUGAGAACGAAAAAAAAUAAAAAGAAAUUUUUAAUUUUUGAUCAGAAUUACCCCAACAGACUCUAAUUGACUUUUUAAAUUCUGUUUUUUUUUUCUUUUCAAAUAUAGAUUUUAUUCGAUUUGAAAAUCGUAUUGACGAACGUCGAAGUAAAAUGACAGGUGAAAUAGCUGGUAGUACAGGUAGUUUAAAAACAUCAACAAAACGACAAUUUUUUGUUCGUGCUGAAUUUGAUUAUGAUCCUUCGAAAGAUCCAAGUAUACCAGGUGAUCGUGGUUUAUCAUUUCGUACAGGUGAUAUACUUUAUGUAACAAAUGCAGCUGAUGAUUCAUGGUGGCAAGCUAAACGUAUAACUGAUGGACAAGAAGAAGAAGAAUUAGGAAUAAUUCCAUCGAAAUCUCGAGUAGAAAAAAAAGAACGUGCUAGACAAAAACGUGUUAAUUUUAAUCAAGGAAGUGGUAGUCGAAGUAAUACACUUGAUCGAGACAAAAAGAAAAAGAAAAAAUUUGGUUUAUUUGGAAAAAGUGUUGAUAGAAAAGAUACACAAUCAGGUGAUGAUUCAGACAAUGAACAAGAUAAUCUUGAACCUGUACCAUCAUAUGAAUUGGUUACUCAACAUGAAGUAAAUCAUACAAGACCAGUUAUUAUCUUUGGUCCAUUUAAAGAACUUAUUAAUGAUCAACUUCUUAAUGAUCAUCCAGAUAAAUUUGCUAAUUGUGUACCUCAUACAAGUCGACCUAAACGUGAAAAAGAAGUUGAUGGACGUGAAUAUUAUUUUGUUCCAUCACGUGAACAAAUGGAAAGAGAUAUACAAAAUUAUUUAUUUAUUGAAGCUGGAGAAUAUGGUGGAAAUCUUUAUGGUACAAGUGUUAGUGCUGUUCGAGAAGUUGCUAAUGCUUCUAAACAUUGUAUUUUGGAUGUAAGUGGUCAUGCUAUACGACGUUUAAUUACAGCUGGUCUUUUUCCAGUUGCUAUCUAUGUUAAACCACGUGAUGUUAAAUGGAUUUUGGAUAAUAUGGGAGAUGAAGCAAAUGAAGAACGUGCUCAACAAAUGUAUGAAAAAUCAAUAAAAAUUGAACAACAAUUUGGCGAUCUUCUUACUGCUGUUAUUGAAGAAGAAACAUUAAAUGAUGUAUAUGAUCAAACAUGCGCAGUUAUUGAUCGCGAACAAUCACUUGAAUAUGUAUGGGUACCAUCAAAAGAAAAACUCUAA